AUGGGGCACACCGUCGCCGCUGCGGCCGCGGCCGCCGAACUCGCUCUCGGAUUCACCAAGCCCAACGCCGUCGAGCCGCCUCAGGAAAGUGGACAAAGACUGCGAAUUACUGGAGGCGGAGAGGAUCAUGGAUUACAGUCUUUUGGUCGAAAUAUUAUUGAGAGAGCCUUUGGAAGGCUAAAGGGCCGCUGGGCUAUUUUAAGGUCUCCAUCAUUUUUUCGGUCAUCGCGUGGAAGAGGAAAAAGUAAAAGGGUGUGGACUUAUUUUGAGGAUGAAGCAUUGGUGAAGGCACUCUAUGAGCUAUCCCUUGAUCCAAAGUGGAAAAGUGAGGGUAGUUUCAAGAAUGGUUAUCUAUCUGUCCUAGAAGUUACACUUGCUGAAAAAAUUCCAGGUUGUGGCCUCACUGCAAUUCCACAUAUUGAGUCUAGGGUCAGACACUUUAGAACAAAGUAUGGUGCAAUUGAGGUUAUGCUAGCAAAUAGUGGGUUUUCUUGGGAUGAGAACAGGAAGAUGGUACAAUGUGAGAAGCAACAAUAUGAGGACCAUUGUAAGAGAUAUCCUGAUGCAAAGAGAUGACCAUGCUUUUUGCACUUCCAGAGACUCUAAGGAGGGAGUUCAUACUACAUAUGAUC